CAAAAAUAUAUGGAAUGAGUAAUUGUGUGAUUUCUGACAACAACUUCUGUAACAACUGUGUCACACACACACAUGGAUGUGUUCGAACAUGUCUCGCUUUCUCAGUGAAGGAAAUUCAUUCAGCAAUGCUCAAAGCACUUGGCCCCGGUUACCAGUGCCAAAAAAGGGAGCAGGCAGGGAGAAAGAGUCAUGGAUAAGGAGGAGGAAAACAAGGGUGUUGAGAGGGAGGGGGCACUUCUUGGUUGGGAACAAAAGAGGAUGCAGUGAAACCAGUUCUCUUCAGAGAGGAAUCACCAGCGGAGGAGUGCAAGAGGUUUGGGAGAGAAAAAAAGAUUUGACGCAACCAAACACUAAAAGAAUUUCAUUUUCUAGAGAAUCAAAAUGCAGAACAUUACACUCGUACUGCUGACCUUGCUGGUGGACUUCUUGUUGGCCGCCUCUGUGGAUCCAUUAGCAUCUCGGCCUCCUAUCACAAAAACCCGUAUCCGCUACAUCGGUGUAGACUAUGACGACAGUGAUGAAGAAACCCCCAAACCUAGUUCAAAAGUCCCUGAAAAGGCUGGGGCCACUACCACUCAGUUUAUCCCUCGGGAGUGUGAAUAUGACCCCUGUGUGGUUCCCAAGGUUCCCUGUUCUGUAAUUGCUGCCCAAACUAAGUGCUACUGUCCUGGAAUUAGUGGUCCAGGCGAGCUGCCCUCAGCUCCAGAGAUCAAAGAGCUGAAACAGGGAGCGCAUGGACUGGUUGAGGUCCGUUGGUGUGCACCACAGUCCACAGUCACCUACUACAAAGUCAUCACAGAAGAAGGACACGAGCCACAAAUUUUCAGCAAUACUUCCCGUACUGGUUCGGUGAAUGGAGUAAAGGUUGGGUCACGAGUUUGUGUGGUGGCAGGAAAUAACAUCGGAUUCAGCACUGAAUCAGAAACAUCAUGUGCUCUCUUUGACCCUCAUAAGUCCAGUCAGGGCUUCCAGAUGUCAUGGGUCAUUGCUGGGGCCAUCGGACUUUUGGUGCUUGCAUUGGUGUUGGCUGUGGUGUUGUUGUGGAGAUGGAGGAGGGGUAGGAAGAAUGCGAAUGUGGAUGAAGAGGGACUACGAAAUCCAUCCUACACCACAAAUGAAACACUGUGAUUGGAUGGGAUAAAAUUCAAGUUACUCAAUUAGAGGUGUAAGAGGCCAGAUUUUAGUGAGUAGGCUCUGGGGAAGGCUUCUAGAAGAAUUAUCAAACAUAUGCUCUUAAACAGUGCUCAAAAAAAUGUAUGAGGCAUGGUCAAAGGGAUGGUGGGGAGAGCUUGAGGACAAUACAAACAAAUCAGUACCAAGAAACGAUUUCAAACACCAUGGAUAAGGGUCAAAUUUAAAGCCCUACCAAGGAAGGUUUGAUAGUCCUCAUUUAAGGGUAUGAUUGACAUAGAAGACUUCAGUGUCUAGAGCCAUCAGGUUAGUUAAUACAAGUUGGGAGAAACGGAAAAGACACAGGGGUAGGGAUAGUUUGGGCUCUCUUAACAAUAGCUUAGACCAGUGGUCAAAUCUUUAAUCCACCAAGGAGUAACCCUUAAUUCCACUUCUUAAACCAGUUCAUAUUGGUUCCCAAUCAACUAACAAGUGUACCUCCUAUUUGAUUGGAAUCCAAGUCCUCAGUCAAUGUGUGUGGACAAAUAAGUAGCCUAAACAUCUCAUUUGUUUAAGCUGUUUGAUAUUAAUUCACAAGUAGGUUUGUCAUAUAACUCUCUUGCUAGCUUAAGUAAUCAUGUCAUUAAAGACACACUAUCCCGACUCAAAUAAUGCAUGUUUGUGUGAAGAACAGAACACUGCAGCUCAUAGUCAAAAUGUUGCCCAUGGACUUCUGGUCAAGGUCCCGAUGACAAUGUGCUUGUUUAUUUCCAUUAGUCUUUAUUAAUCUGGGCUGGAGCUUUUAAAUGCAUCCUGAGCAAGUGAGUGAGUUUAUAAUUUGUCCACCCCUACACAGCUUUCCAUGGUUAUCACAUCAACCAUAAGUACAAGUUAAUUGAAACAGCAGGAAAAGUUCUUUGGAGGUGAUGGACAAAUUACAAAGUCCACAGAAACACACUUUUUAAUCACCGUUCCAAGAGACUCCUUUCAUUGGGAAUUGAUGCACUGCAGCCUGACCAUGAAAGAAGCCGAGGGUAAUAUGCCUGUGGAGAUUGGGUCAGGACAUGAAGAACAAAUCAACAUGGACUAUUAAAUUAAAAAAAAAAAUCAAUAGAGCAGCAGAAAAGAGCUGAGAACUGAAAUAACCUAAUGUACCCCUGUGUUAGCAACUGAACACUUAGCAACCCUUCUUACAGCUAGUCAACAUGUUACAUAAGUUUUAGAGGCAUUUUAAAUUAUAGUCUUUUUUUUUUACAGAUUAAUUCCACUAAUGGUGCUGGAACAUCAAGGAAGCCUGGAGCUUCUGUAAAGCUUUAUAGAUUUUUGUAUUCACAUAGAAAUGCUCUUUUUUUUUUUUUGUGAUAAUAAAAUUUUGGAAAUGA